AUGGCGCCCGGCGCGGCGAUCAUGGCUCCCCGAAUCGGGAUGGUGACGAUGGUCUCGGAGUCCCAGCGUCGGCCAACGGUCCGGGUGAGCGAGAUGCUCGCUGAAAUUGCUAUCCGCUACAAUUACGAGGAGCUUAAAGCCGCCACGAGGGACUGGAGCAAGAGCCGCCAGCUGGGCAGUGGCUCAUAUGGCGCUGUUUUCAAAGGGGAGAUGGAGGAUGGCUCCGAAGUCGCCAUUAAGAUGAUCGAUCUCGGUGCACUGGGCGCUGCCGGGCAGACAGAGGAUAUGGCUGGUUUCGAGGAGGAGGUGAAGAAUUUGAGCAAGUUUCGCCAUCCGAACCUCGUGACUCUCAUCGGCUGGGGGAAGCACGAACAGUUCCGCUACCUAGUCUACGAGCUCAUGACCGGGGGCGAUGUCUACGACCGUCUUCUGAAGAGCCGCAGGCGUGACAAUCCCACGCCUUUCAUCUGGUAUGAGCGGAUAAGCGCACUGCUAGACGCGGCCUCGGGCCUCUCACACAUGCACAACUCCAAGCCAAAAGCCUUUCAUCGAGACAUCAAAGCUGCCAACAUCCUCUUAGAUCGGCACGGAACAGCGAAGAUGGCCGACUUCGGGCUCUCGUGCACCUCUUCCGGGCAGGGACAGAGUGGGAGCCACGUCAAGGUGAAGACCAUCAGCGGAACUCCCGGGUAUGCUUGCCCGAUUUACGCCCGCACGGGCCGGGUCACCGAGUUCAGCGAGGUCUACAGCUUUGGCAUGGUCAUUUUAGAGGUGUUGACAGCCAUCCCACCGGCCACAGCAGACCCUUCCAAGCCCGGCGGCAUCGCCUAUCCAAUAGAGACCCAGCUGCUUCCGUGCUCGCCUGGAGCAGUUGAGCGCUGUGUGAACGCAGCAGAUAAGACGGCCGGAUGGCCAAAGGGAUUGGCCGAGGACCUGUCGGGUCUCGGCAUCCGCUGCGUGAAUGCUAACGAUGAGAAUUUGCGGCCGAAGUUCGUUGAGGUGGUUCGAUCCUUGCGGCAGCUCGGCGAGAAGUAUCCACGGCCCGAGGCAGGCACGAGUUCUUGUCAGAACAGUGGCUACGUGGAUCAGCUGAACUCGCAGGAGAUGUCUCAGGGCUCAGGGCCGUCCCCGAGUGGUCCUUCGCCGUUCUCUCUGGAGCUCAUUUCGAGCGAUGGCCUCCAGGUGGACAACCUUCCACAGCAGCGGAGGUUUCUGCAUCUGAUGGUCUCUGGCGAGGUGGCUGGACGCCUCAUUGCGCCAGUUGGACGCCAAUACCAGCCGGACUUGUUUCAGUCCUGGCUGCAGAAUCCGGAACUGAACAGCUGCGUCUCCAGACUCUCCUUCGAGGUGAGCUGGGCGCCCGGGCCCUCCGACAUACAGAUCUCGGCGAAAGGUAACAACCCCAUCACCCUGAACGGCCACAUCCUGGCUCGUGGCGAGUCCAUGGCCUUGGACCUCAACUCCGAGGUGGGCUUCCCGUAUUCGCAGACCGGGGAGCUGUCUUUAUUCCUUCGCCUUCGCUUCAGCCGGGCGGCGACGGUGGAAAGUUUCGGGGCGGCCGUAGCGCCCACAGCGGUCCUGGACUUCGGAGAGGAGCGAGUGGGAAGCUGCCCCUGGGUCUUGCGCUGCUCCUUUGUGGAGGGACUUAGCGAGGAGCUGUCCAACCUCUCUCCCAGCGUCCGGGAAUUCAUCGUCGAUGAGGACGAGCCUUUGGUCAUAGGUCGGCAGCACCAGGCAAAAGAGCUGGAAACGCUUCUGGCCAAGGUCACGAAGACUGUUGCGACGCAAGCCGGCUGCUUGACAGUCCUUCCACUUCUGCGAUUAUGUGCUCGAGAAUUCGAUGUAGCUUCCGCUGCCGACUUACAUGAUGAAGUUGCUGGCGGCUUCGUUCGUGGAUGCUUAAGGCAUGGCCACAGCAAAUCGGUGCACAGUGGAAUGCUAGAGAUGUGCAUCGUUUCAGAGCCUUCGGAGACCGUUGCUCAGUCGGAAGAGGUCGACUCCGACAUUGUGGUUUCCGACAGUGAGGUUUGUGCAGAGAGUUCCGAUGCAAGUAGCGACACUGCACCCCUCGAGGAGCUAAGUGGCGACGAGUUCGACGGAUGUGAGCACCAAGAGAGGGAGCUGGAAACGCAGGGGGCGGCCAUUCGCUCGCAAGGGCUCCUCAAGCGGAGACCUCGUGCGGGGGCCCUGCGCAGAGCGGCCACGAGCUCACUCUUAGAAGACCCGGUCGCCCGUGCGCAAAAGAGGGUGCAGGAGCAGCUCGCUGCUCGAAGACGGGCCAAGCAGGAGGAGCGGCGACAGAAGGCCCUGGGCCAGUGCCGCUAUUCAGUGAACCUCGAGGCCUUCAGACGUGCAACAGCCGCACGGGUAGCGAAGGACGUCGAGGACGUCCCUCCGGUCGCGACAGAUUCUUGCGAGCUGGUGGGCACAGGUCUUUCAGAAGUCGAAAGGGGUGGGAAAGCACCAGGAAAAGCGACACGGCGCAGGCGAAUCGCCAUCGCAGGUGCUGGCCCUGUGGGACUCUGGGCAGCAAACUUAAUCAUGCUGCGGCAUGCACGCCGUGUUCGGCGAUCAGCUGCGGGCAACGGAGCCGUGGCAGCCAAAGCUGCAAAGGCCUCGGGCUUCAUUCGCAGCAAGGAUGCUCCGGAAAUUGUCAUUUUCGAGCAGAGGGCAGAAGAAGACCACUGUUCCCGCCGGAAUGUACGCAUCACACUGGAUGCCCACACAGUUGCUCUGCUGAACAAGCACACAAAGUCCAAGCGAUUCGAGUCGGGCAUGGCUCUGGCAGAGAUCGAGUCGAUCCUCCUGGACCAAUGGCGGCGACUGGGAGCUUCGAACAGCAUUCGGUUUGGAAGCAAAACAAGCCCAGAGGAGAUUGCCGCCGAAGCAGACUGGGACCUGAUCUUAUGGGCAGGAGGCCGGCGAUCGCUGGACGACGCCACUCGUGCUGAGAUGUCCUGCGAUCUUCAUGUGGGCGAGAGUGAAGAGGUUUUGGUCUUUGAGAUGCGAAACUUCACGCGAGGAAAGUCAGCCGCCAGUGUGAAGAUCCAAGAGUUGGAGCAGCUGGCGGCUGUGGAUCUCACCUUCUGUGCACGAAGCGCCGCCGCUGCCGGUGCCUGUGGCGAGCAAUGCAGCCCAUCCUCCCUUUCCUAUCGAAUCGUCCUCCGCGUGGCGCAGGAUGCAACGACAACUCCCCCGAAGCCUCUGUGCUGGCUGUGGUUCAUGGGCCUUCCGGAGGAGCUAAAGGCUGCCAAAGAGAAGCUUGGCCGAGGGAAGCCAAAGCCCUGCGAAAGCAUCCUGGCAGCCCUGGAAAACGAGUUCUCUCGCCUUGGCUUUUCUCCUGACGGGCCGAGUUGGAUCCCUCAGAUGCUGGCCGCCGCAGCCUCUCUGCAGGAGAAGCUCCUGAAUCCGGCAGAGACCACGGUGCGCUGGGUGGAUGCGUCUUUCUGGUCGUCGACCCAUGCGGUCUGUGCCGCACCGGCACCGGGGCCCGCGGGAAAAAAGGCGCCUUUCCUGAUUCUGGGGGACGCGGCAAUGGGAAAACCAUUCUACACCGGGACGAACCUCAACGUCCACUUCACAGAGGUGAAGGCACUCUCCAGGCUGCCUGUUAUCCGUUGGGGUAGUGGCACUCAGAUGCCUUCCCGAUGUUCAUCCCAGUUCCUACUCACUUCGGAUGAGGCAGCAGUGGCUGCGUACCAGCCCUACGAGGAUCGCUUUCAGGAGGUCCUGACGCGAACGCCCGGCUUCCGGCGCAGCGAGCGCCGCCUGGCGCGAGCAAAGACCUGCCAACUCGCAUAG